GAGCUUGCCACGCUCUCUCAGCCAAAUUGAGCCUUUUCCCAAAGUGAGCAAGCUUCGAGAUUUGUGGAAGUCAAUCUCUGAAUGUGCUAGAUCUCGAGCUUUGUCAUUGGCGUUAAGAGUGCCGCUGGCAGGAGCCUCUAAGCUACGAUUGUAAAUGCUUGUUCUUGUUUGUGGGCAAGAGUUCAACAUUAAGUACACAUUCUCAUAGUGGAGUGUACACCAUCUAUUGUACGUAGGACAAGUGAAUUGAAGCUCUCCUUUGAACGAAUCUGCCCACACACGUCAUGAAUGCGGUUUCAAAGUCAGCACCACCACCACCGCCACCGCCACCGCCACCGCCACCCCAGGGAUAGAAAACAGAGGGGCAGGAAAAGGGCGAGAGACUUGUUCAAUCCCAAUAAUCUCUGCGAGUUGAUCAUUUCCUCUGCUAAUACACUUUAUCUCAAGGAUUCUUUCAAACACACGUUGAAACUCCGCCUCCUCCUCUUCGUCAUCAUCGUCGUCUUCCUCCUCCUUCAGUGACUCCUACACAAACUACUCUUUUAUAUCUGAACAUGCAUUCACUUUGCACACUAAACAACGACAAAGUCAUGUUCCUGUGCUAAGGGAGAGCGUCUACCGGCAUCAUUUUGGCCAAACCCAGCGAUUCCGAAGUUAUCAAGUGUCGAAGGCCGAAAUUUCUUAUCCCAAGUUACAAUGAAGGGAUUCAUGAAGUGGUUAGCCGUGAUUUGGUUGUUGGUUUUAGCUCUCAAUUCGUACGUGGCGAAAGGAUCCAAUGCCAGUGACAUCAACGGGCAUCACGAUCCACAAGAUCAUCAAGAUCAUGAAAGCCAUGAAACAGCCCAUCAUGGUGUGGUGUUGGCAUCCUGGAGGUGGGAUGAAUAUAGCAACAUUGUCAUGCUAAUUCUCAUGAUCCUUUUUGCCGGACUCAUGAAGUUGGGGUUCCAUCACAUCCCAUGGCUAGCCCAACACUUUCCGGAAUCAUGCGUCCUAAUCUUAAUCGGUAUUGUCAUCGGAGGCUUCGUGUACAAUGUUGUGGAAUCACAUUCGCAUCACUUCCCGGUCUUUACCAGCUCCCUAUUCUUCAAUGUUCUGUUGCCUCCCAUCAUCCUGGAUUCGGCUUAUUCACUCUACGACAGGUCAUUCUUGUCCAAUCUAGUUACUGUGGUGCUCUUCGCCGUCCUUGGCACCCUUUUCAACGUGUUUGCCAUCGGAUAUCUGCUGUACUUCUUGGGGUAUAUUGGCGCCAUGGGCUCGUUUUCGGCUCCCUUAACACCCCUCUCCUGUUUGGUGUUUGCUUCCCUCAUUGCAGCCGUGGAUCCGGUGGCAGUGUUGGCCAUAUUCGAGGAGAUUGGUGUCAACAUGGGACUUUACUUUUUAGUAUUUGGCGAAUCCCUAUUUAAUGAUGGAGUUACUGUUGUGUUAUACAACACAAUGGUGGCUUUACAAGGCCAAGCUGAUGUGGACGCUACUCAGUAUGUAUUGGCAUUCUUCAGUUUUUUCACCGUUGUUUUCGGUGGACUUGCCGUCGGAACAUUGAUUGGUGCACUAAGUGCGUACAUUCUGAAAUUUACUAAACACACGAGGGUCAUUGAGCCCCUCAUUGUGUUUGUGACAUCUUACCUCGCUUUCAUCCUCGCCGAGACCAUUCAUUGGUCCGGUAUCAUUAGUUUAAUCGGAUGCGGGAUCGUCCAAAAACGAUAUGCCUUUCCCAACAUAUCCAAAAAAUCCUACACCACCGUCAAGUAUUCCAUUAAGACUCUGGCCUCAUUCUCAGAUUGCAUUAUUUUCCUUUUCCUUGGUAUUGUUACAUUUAGUCACUCUCUGGAAUGGCACACCGGUUUUGUAGUUUGGACUGUUAUUCUGUGCACCGUUAUUCGGUUUAUCGGCGUGUUCUCACUAAGCUCAAUCAUCAAUCGUCAUCGGAUGAAGAAGAUUUCUCCUAAAGAGCAAUUCAUUAUGGCAUACGGUGGUCUCCGAGGAGCUGUGGGGUUCUCUUUGGUGACCAUUUUGGAUGAUGCUAAUGCGUUCAAGGAUAUCUUUCUCACCACAACUCUCGUGAUGAUUUUCGUUACAGUCUUUAUUCAAGGUGGAACUAUUAAAUUUCUUGUCGGAAAGCUGAAGAUUGCCAAGAAAGAUGCCAAGGGUCCCAAGUUGAUCUCGACGGAUGUCAACCUCCGGACCAUCGACCAUGUCAUGGCGGGCGUCGAGUCGAUCAUUGGCAAACACUCCAGUCAUUCUUUACUGGAAGUAGUAAGAACUUUUGACAACGACUAUACCAAAAAAUUUCUCGUUCGAAAAGAUGCCGAAGAUAUUUUAGCUCUGCGAUUCGAAAGGAUAUCGCUGGAUGAUCACUGUGCCCGUCUCUACGGCCCAACGGUUGUAAUCCAUCAAACAGCUAAAGUUCGAGCCGACCAAGGGGCUCCCUCGCAGCCGAUGACAGAGGCAGAGCGCAAGAAGAUACACCUAAUGUUGUCGAACACGCCAUUCGAAAGGUACAGGAACAAGUCAUAUCAGCGGGACUCUCCGGAGCAUUUGGUUAGGCAGUUGACGUUCGAUCACACAAAUCGGAGCCGUGUUUUAGAACAUCAGUUGUCUUUGGGGACAAUUCUGGAGGAAUCCACCCCGAUGCUGGAGUCGAAUCGACCUAAUCCCGAUAACGUGAAGAGUAAGCUCCUAUGGCAAAAGAGCGCCGCGGCUACCAAAGUCUUGAGGCAGUACCAAGAAGCAAAAGGACAGUUCAAAAAUCAAGAGACCCCAUGGCCUACCAAGGAGAAUGUGGUCAAUUCCGAAGAAAGCGUCGUGUGAAUCGAAAACAGAUUUUGGCUUCUUACAAUCCAAGUUUAUCAAUACAAAAAUUUCGGCUUACUCGCCAGUCCCAGUGCGUGGAAUCUAUUUGCCUUUUGAAUCGUUGAAAGUAGAAACUGAAAAACUGCUGGAUAAGAAGAACAGUUUCUCGUAUUAGCCUCUUUAUUAGCAUAAUCCAUAAUCCAAGCGUCAAUAAAGGCUCAAACUCGAA